AUGAUAUACCCAAAGAUCCCAAACGCCUUUGUAGUCAUUGAUCUUUCAAGCAACAAAUUUGAAGGAGGGAUUCCAGAAUCCAUCGCAACUUUAAAGAAACUGCAAUCACUUAACCUUUCCAACAAUCACCUCUCAGGUCGCAUCCCAUCACUCAUAGAGAACUUGACGGAUCUUGAAUCAUUAGUUGCCUGUUUGGCAUUGCCGCUCCAUUGUGCCAAACAGGGCAAAAACGUUCUUCUUCAUCUAAUCAUAACCAUGGCAGCUUCAUCACAAAAAUAUUCCUCAGGAUUUCUAACCUUGCUUGUCUUAGCAUCCUCGUUUCUUCCAAUGCACGUUUUGACUUCCACGCCACCACCAUGUCACAGAGACGAAAGCUUUGCGUUGCUGCAGUUCAGCCAAAGCUUUGUCCUCGACAGGUCAGCUUCAUUUGACCUUUCUGCUCACCCAAAGGUGAUAUCAUGGAAUCAACAUGGAGGGAAUGGAGACUGCUGCUUAUGGGAUGGUGUUGAGUGUGAUGAGAACACCGGUCAUGUCAUUUACCUUGACCUCAGUAGCAGCUGGUUGUAUGGCUCAAUCAGCUCCAAUAGCAGCCUCUUUAACCUUGUUCACCUUCAAAGGCUUAACCUUGCAGACAACGACUUCAACCACUCUCAAAUCCCUUCUGAAUUUCGGUACCUUUCGCAACUGACAUACCUCAACCUCACCUCAUCAGGAUUCCAUGGCCAAAUUCCAUCAGAAAUAUCACACUUGACAAGAUUGACUUCGCUUGAUCUAACAGGAAGUGUGGAUGAAAUCAACGGAAGAUUGUUGGAGCUUACAGGACUUGGCCUGGAGAGGUUAGUUCAAAAUUUAACUCAUAUUGAGGAACUCUACCUUGAUAAUGUAGACAUAUCUUCUGCUGUCCCCAGCAACAUAGCAAACCUUUCUGCGUUGACAUCUCUUCAUCUCGGAAACUGUGGACUUCUUGGUAGAUUUCCAAAUAGAAUUUUUGAACUACCAAACCUACAGGAUCUCAAUAUGGGGAUGAAUGAAAACCUACUUGGUUAUCUUCCUGAGUUUCAAAGGAGCUCACCUCUUAAGAUAUUAUGGCUUGAGAGCACAAAUUUUUCAGGGCAGAUACCUGCUUCAAUAGGAAACCUUCAUUCUUUGACUACUUUAAAUUUCGCUCUCUGCAAUAUUGGAGGACAACUUCCAUAUUCACUUGGUAAUCUUACCAAUCUCUCCAUACUUAGACUCAAACAAAACCAUUUCUUUGGGCAAAUCCCUUCUUCAUUUGCCAACCUUACAAAGCUUACCAAUUUGACACUUUCAAACAGUAAUUUGACUUGUGGGUCGUUGUCUUGGCUCGGUGAGAAAACCAAGCUCACUCUUUUGGGCAUUGGAAAAUGCAGUAUAAAUGGUGAAAUCCCACAUGUUCUUGCAAACCUUAGUCGACUUGAUGCUCUUAACCUUCAAUCGACUAAUUUAAGUGGUCGAAUUCCUCAUUGGCUUGCAAACCUCACUCGAUUAACUGCCUUAAGCCUUGAAAAUAAUGAACUGCAAGGUCCAAUUCCAGCUUCGAUUUCAAAGCUAGUCAAUCUUGAACAACUAGCUUUGGAAAGAAAUCAGUUGACCGGAAUUAUAGACUUUGACCUCUUUUUUUCCCUGGAAAAUCUAGUGGAUCUCGGUUUGUCAUAUAAUAAUUUCUCAAUGCUCAAUGAAACCAGUCCAAAUGCUACACUCCCAAAGUGGAGGAAUAUCGCACUCGCUUCGUGCAACUUGAGGGAGUUCCCAAACUUCCUUCGGUAUCAACACAAAAUGGCAUAUUUGGAUCUUGUAGGCAACAACAUCCAUGGAAAGAUUCCAAGUUGGUUAUGGAACACCGGUAGAGAAACCCUAUGGCAUAUUGCACUUGGUUACAAUUUCUUGACUGGUUUUGAGGGCUCUCCACCCAUCUCAAGCCUUUCCAAUCUAAAACACAUAGGAAUGGAGUUUAACCAGCUGCAAGGACCACUCCCUAUACCACCACCCUCAAUUAUUGAGUAUUUUGUCUUCAAUAAUAGUUUAAGUGGAGAAAUGCCUAUUGAGUUUUGCAAUCUGCCUAAUCUGUUUUCCCUAGAUGUGUCUUUUAACCAUUUGAAUGGCACACUUCCACGAUGUUUGUUCAACUUGGGGAAUAGUAUGAAUGUGUUAAACCUCAAAUGCAACUACUUCCAUGGCAGCAUUCCUGAAGCAUCUGUAAAUGGAAGUAAUUUGAGGAUGAUAGACUUAAGCCAAAAUGAAUUCCAGGGAAGAAUACCAAUAUCGUUGGCAAAUCAUACGAUGUUAUGGAUUCUAAACCUCGGUGACAAUCAGAUUUGCGAUACAUUCCCAUCUUGGUUAGGAGCUCUACCUAAACUACAAGUCCUUAUCUUGCGAUCUAACAAACUUUUUGGUGAAAUUGGAAGGCCUGCAUCAAAUGUUGAUUUCUCCAUGUUGCGCAUCAUUGACCUCUCUAAUAACCAUUUUACUGGUAUCCUUCCUUCUGAGUAUUUCCAAAUAUGGAAUGAUAUGAGAGCAUUUGAAGAGAAAGAGUUGUCAUACAUGGAGGCAAGUAUACCUUUGCUGAGGUCUGAUUAUUGGACCUUUUAUUAUAUUUUUAACAUUCAAUUGGCAUUGGUUAAUAAAGGUCGAUAUAUGAUAUAUCCCAAGAUCCCAAAUGCCUUUGUAGUCAUUGAUCUUUCAAGCAACAAAUUUGAAGGAGGGAUUCCAGAAUCCAUCGCAACUUUAAAGAAACUGCAAUCACUUAACCUUUCCAACAAUCACCUCUCAGGUCGCAUCCCAUCACUCAUUGGGAACUUGACGGAUCUUGAAUCAUUAGAUCUGUCAAACAAUAUGCUCUUGGGAGAGAUUCCGCCUCAGCUGACACAGUUGACGUUCCUUUCAUUCUUCAAUGUCUCUCAGAAUAAUCUCUCAGGUCAUAUACCACAAGGAAAACAGUUUGGCACAUUCGAGAACAAUUCAUUCGAGGGAAACAUGGGAUUGUGUGGGAAGCCGCUGUCAAAGACGUGUGGAAAUGUAGGGGAAUCACCUCCAUUGGCUCCGACCAAUGAAGAUGACGAGAACUCAGGUGGUUCUUCAGUAUAUAUUCAGUGGAUGAUAAUUGCUAUAGGAUAUGGAAGUGGACUGGUGGUUGGACUUAUCUUUGGACGCAGGUUCACCACAUGGAAACAUGAGUGGUUUGUGGAAACCUUUAGUCGGAGGCAACGAAAAAGGAGGCAGAUAAGGCGAAGGCAGAUAACAAGGGGAAGGCAGAUAUGCUGCCAGUGCCAGAUAAGCAAUCUAGAAGAAAUAUCUAGGUUUCUUAUUCUGGAAUGUUGUAUUUCAUAUUCACUGCUAGUUAGCUUGGCAGUGGUCUGUGUUUGCAAUCAGUUAGCAAGAUUGAAGACUGAAGCUGUGUUGAUGCCAUCUGAGUUCAAGACAAGACUAGAGCUAGAAUUCUGUAGCCUAAUUCUCACUGUGUCUUCUCCUGGUUGUGUUAUCGCAGUUCAGGGAGUUCCAGACUUACAGUCCUUCAUUUACUUCUCCUGA